AUGUCCGUCAGGGCACAAUACACCCACGACAGCGACGGAAACCCCUACCCAGCCGCCGGACGUUCAACUGCAAAAUCACAUUCCGUCCUACAAUCCCUCCACGACAAAGUCACCCAUCUUCGUCAUGGCCUAACACAAGGGCAUAUACCCCUCACCGACCUUGAACGCGGCCAAACACCCGAUGCCGCCCAAAGCUCCGGUCGCGGUCAACAAGGCGAGAACAUUGACGGCCAACCCCAAGCCGGCGAACAAACAAAUGUUCAACACGCACCAGCAUUCACUAACCCCCUCUUCCCACCUCUCCCGCUCUACGGUCCCCCGUCCUUCCUCCGCUCCCUCCAAGUCGGAUUCUUCCGAUGUAUCGGACUUUUCCUGUCCCUCAUGUUUCUCAUGUGUGUCGUCCUCGGCGCCGAAGUCACACAUAUCCCCGUCACCGCACGGCGUCUUUACAACCUCGCUUUGGGUCGGGAUCCAGAUAUGAAUCGUCCAUUUAUCGAGUUGGAGAGGCGGCGGAUGAAGGAGAGGAAGGAGAAUGGAAGGGUGAAUGCGAAGAUUACGAGGGAUGUGGGUUAUUAUGCGAGGAUGGUGGGGUUGGAUUGUGCGGAGGAGACGUGUGUGACGGAUGAUGGGUUUGUUCUUCAUUUGCAUCAUAUCAUUGAUCCAAAUCCGCCUCCCCACCUUCUGUCCGAACGACUUGAUCACGAGAAGAAACGGUAUCCGGUAUUGCUUCUACACGGGUUACUACAAGCUGGUGGCUCCUUCUGCACGAAUGACGAAGACUCCCUGGCGUUCUGGCUCUGCAAACAAGGCUACGACGUGUGGGUCGGAAACAACAGAUGUUGGUUUAACCCCCAACAUGUCGUUUUAAAAUACGGUGAUCCGCGAAUGUGGGCCUGGAACAUCCGUCAAAUGGGAACCCUCGAUCUCCCAGCCAUGGUCCGACACAUUGGUACCAAAACACGGACAGAGAAAGUCGGACUCGUCGCGCAUUCUCAGGGAACGACACAGACAUUCGUUGCGCUUGCCCGCGAACAAGUACCUGGCUUAGGAAACCAGAUCAGCGUAUUCUGUGCCCUCGCGCCAGCGGUCUACGCCGGCCCCCUCAUCUCCCGCGCUCAAUUCAAAUUCAUGCGAAUCCUCUCCCCAAGCAUGUUCCGAAUCUUCUUUGGCAUCCACGCUUUCAUCCCCUUCAUGGUCUGGAUGAACAAACUCCUCGUCGGCCGCGCACGAUUUCUCGGCGUACUGUACGGGUACCUCGGAUACCUCGUCUUCGCAUUCCUUUUCGGCUGGAGUGAUCGACGCUGGGACCGUGGGUUGCGGAGUAGGUUUUUCGCGUUUGCGCCGUGUUAUGUUAGUGCGGAGAGUAUGCGGUGGUGGAUGGGGAGGGAUGGGUUUGCGAAGCAUAAGUGUAUUUUGGAGGAUGGGGAAGGGGAGGGGUGGUAUGGGGAGAGUAUGCCGCCGGUUGCGAUGUGGCAUGGAGGUGCGGAUCGGUUGGUUGAUUCGAGGAGUUUGCAGAGGAGGAUGAAGAAGGAGGAACAUGUGAAGGUUGUCAGGGAUGUGGUGAUUGAUGAGUAUGAGCAUCUGGACGUCAUCUGGGCUGUUGACAUGAUCGAGAAAGUCGGAAAGGGCGUCCGAGAUGCGAUCUGGGAAACAGUGGAGGGCGAUGGGUGGGUUUGUCCUAUCGGAUGCAAAGAAGAAGAUCGAGGAAAGAGUGUGAAGAGGGAGGGUGAAAGAUACGGAGAGAUCGCACCGGGUGGCGGAAGAGGGCGGAGAAGGAGUACGAGGACUAAUGAUGAGCAAAAGGAGGACGAGGGGAGGAAGAGGACGGGUGAGAUGGGAAAUGCCGAUGAGGAGUGA